GUAUGCCUUCAGCUUACCUAUGCCUUGUUAAUAGUAAUAAAUUUAAUCAAAAGGUCACAAGUACAAAUUUAGCUGAAACGGACGAAUAAACAAAUAUACUUUAAGGUCCUAGUCCGCUUCUGGAGGAUAUAAAAGAUACAAUUAACAUGUAAAGCUGGAAUAGCGUGGGGGUCGUGGAGCUGGGGUCUCUCUAGGAGUAUAACUGUUUAUAACAUCAGUGACGCUACUGAAAAAUGGUUUUUAUCUACGACUAGAAUUUCCAGUUACUUUUUCGCAUCGAUAACCCUCUGAUCAGUUGUUUUAUAAAUUUUACACAUUGCCUGCUCGUCAUGUACUAUGUUUUAUAAACUAUAUAAGUGAUUUCGUUAUGCCGUGAUCGAUAGCAAUAAAUAUGAAGAAAAAGUUGUUUUUGUUUUUACUUCUCUGUUAUUUAACCAAGGCUGAAUACAGUGCCAAGUGUAGUGAUAAUUUACAAAGCGGCUUAACUUUCGAAGCUAUGAACGAUGAUGUGGAGGGACGAUACAGGGUAGAGUGGUGUACGAUGGCUGAUAAAAAUGUUACCACCUGGGAGCUAGUCAUGCGAUACGAUGAUACUCGGCCGCCCAGUCGUUGCGUGAAAUACAGUGUUGACAUUCCACCUGGAGCAGUACACUCUCGUUUUAGUGAGAGAGUACAUCUUAAUUUAAAUUGUACUAAUAUAUGUUUCUCCACAUACUUGGAUUUAAUAUUCAAUGGCACAUGCUAUCACAUCAAGACGGUGCUCCACCGAGGGACCAAGAGCUCCAGCCCUCAUGAUUCUCUACACUAUGUUUUUAACCCAUAUCCGAAAGAACAUUUCACUGAGAGCAAGGCUCUGGUUAGUGCAUUGAGUAAAGACGAGGAGCUCAUUGUGCACUGGUAUCUGAGCUAUGUGCCAGCCGCUGAUUACACAAUGGAGCUUUGUACAGAAGACUUCCAGUGGUGCGUCGACAUCGGCGGCAACUGCAGCACGCGCGGCGCCGCCCGCACCGAGGUGCGCUGCGCGCUGCGGGCGCCGCCCGGCUGCUACAGCGUGCGACUGCAGCAGCGGGCGCCCUGGACGGCGGCGCUGGCGCUGUUCCGCCCGCAGGCCAGCGUCGACUCGCGCGUGUGCCACCAGCGCUCGCCGCCCGUGCCGGCCGACCCGUCGCGCGCCGCGCUGUGGGGGCUGUGCGCCGGGGCCGCGCUGGCGGCGCUCGCGCUGGCGCUGCUGCUGCGCGCGCACCGCGCCCGCCUGGCCGCCGCGCUGCGGCUGCGCGUGCUGCAGCACUGGCUCGACAGGUACGGCGCACCCGGGCGGGUCGUCGGCCGGCCGCCCCGGGGCCGGCCGGCGGGCCGCGAGCGAGACGCUCACGUCGGUCGCCCCGCUGGCAGGACGGAGGCGGAGGCGACGAAGCCCAUCAACAACAACGAGGCGGACGAGCGCGCGCGCGUGCUGCUGCUGUACGCGCGCGACUGCGCGGCGCUGGCGCGCGUGGCGGGCGCGCUGCGGCGCCUGCUGCGCGAGGCGGGCUGCGCCGUGGUGGACCUGUACGAGCCCGACGCCGUGCGCGCCUCCGCCCGCGCGCCCGCCGACUGGCUGCAGCGCCAGCUGGCGGCCGACAACGCGCGCGUCGUGCUGCUGCAGUCGCCGGACGCCGCCGCCGCCGCCGCC